AAUCUCGCAUCACCGUGGCAACGAAAUCACGCCGCAAAAGCUGAGGAAAUACCCUCAAUAGCGAGGCUUGAGAGGCGAUUUUCCCCGGAAAAUGCGAGCAGUUCCCAAGUGGGUAGAGAAAAUCCACGAGCCCGGCGAGAAGAGUGAUCACGCGAGCAUUCAUGCUGUCUGCUUCCACCCGGAGGGACUCCAUGUGGUGGCGGGAGCGGCUGAGAAGCUCCUGGUGUACGAGACGCAGAAUGGCACACUCCUGGAGACACUGCGUGGCCACAAGGAGACCAUUUACGCCGUGGCGUAUGCGAGAGACGGGAAGAAAUUCGCCUCCGGAAGCACAGACAAGAGUGUCAUCAUCUGGACACACAAGUUCGAGGGCAUGCUGAAGUACUCCCACAGCGAUGCCGUCCAGUGUCUCUCCUUCAACCCAGUUUCCCACCAGCUCGCCUCCUGCGCCGUCUCAGACUUUGCUCUCUGGUCAGCUGAGCAGAAGGCUGUGCAAAAGUACAAAACCCCGGCGAGAAUAAACUCGUGCGCCUGGACAAACGAUGGGCAGUAUCUCGCCCUUGGUCUGGCCAAUGGUUCCGUCAGCAUCCGGAACAAGGCGGGAGACGAGAAGAACCGCAUUGAGCGUCCCGGAGGGGCGAAUAGUGCGAUCUUCGGGGUGGCCUGGAAUCCUCCGGGCUCCACAAAUGCCGACACACUGGCUGUGGUGGACUGGUCCAAGACGCUGAGCUUCUACACGCUCGGCGGACAGCUGGUGGGCAAGGAGCGCACGCUGGGAUUCGAUCCGCUGUGCGUGAACUUCUUCCCGGACGGCGAGUUUCUCGUGGUCGCCGGAUGCAACAAACAAAUGCAGCUUCUGACCAAAGACGGGGUGAAACUGGGCAGUCUGGGCGAGAUGCACGACUCGUGGAUCUGGACAGUGGCUAUUCACCCUCAAGGAGGCUCAAUUAUGGUGGGAUCUCAGGAUGGCACCUUGGCGUGCUACACCGUUGCCUUCAGCACCGUCCAUGCGCUGUACCGCGAGCGCUACGCCUUCCGGGAGAACAUGUGCGACGUGAUAAUCCAGCAUCUGGUGUCUGGACAGAAGGUGCGCAUCAAAUGCCGCGAUCUGGUGCACAAGAUCGCCAUCUACCGCAAUCGCCUGGCUGUGCAGCUGCCUGAGCGAGUGGUGCUCUACGAGCUGAAUUCGGCGGAGAACCAGCCGAUGCACUACAGAGUGAAGGAGAAGAUCGCCAAGAAGUUCGAGUGCAGCCUCCUGGUCGUCUGUGCCCAGAACAUUGUGUUGUGCCAUGAGAAGAAGCUGCAGAGUCUGGACUUCGCCGGUGUGCUGCAGCGCGAGUGGAACAUGGACAGCUUCAUCAGGUACAUCAAAGUGACUGGCGGUCCGCCGGGUCACGAGGGACUCUUGUUGGGCCUCAAGAGUGGCGAAGUGUGGCGCAUUUUCCUGGACAAUGCGCUGCCCAUUCUCGUCACGACAGUGCUGUCGUCCGUGCGGUGCUUGGAUCUCAACUCGACCAGGAGCAAACUGGCCGUUGUGGAUGACGCUGGCCGACUGGUGGUCAGAGAUCUCACCACAGACACUCUGCUGUAUCAGGAUUCAGGAGUGAAUUCUGUCGCCUGGAACACUCACCUCGAGUCAAUGCUGUGCUAUUCUCACACCGCGGGCGGAUUGAGCAUCCGCGUGGGGAAUUUGCCGCCCAGGAAUCCUCAGAGUCUCCUGGGCGUCGUUGUGGGACUCACAGGAUCAACGGCCUUCUGUCUGCGCGGGAAUGUGAUGAGCAACGUUCCUCUAGCUCUCGGUGCCACGAUGUGGCAGUUCGUGGAGGCGAAUCUCUUCGAGGAUGCUUACCAUGUGGCUUGCCUGGGAGUGCCAAUGUCGGAUUGGGAGGGUUUGGCGCAAGCAGCUCUGGACAGUCUGGAAUUGAGUGUGGCGAGAGAUGCUUAUGUGAAGGUGAGGAAUCUGCCGUGGCUGAAUCUCAUUCUGGAGCUGAAGGAGAAGCAGAAGCGCGGAGAUGUGGCCAAGGAAGUCCUCCAGGCGGACAUCAUGGCUUUCGGUGGGAAGUUCAAGGAGGCAGCGAGGCUCUAUCAGAAGAGCGGACAGAGUUCCAAGGCUCUGUCCAUGUACAGCGACUUGAGGAUGUUCGACUUGGCGCAGGAGUUCCUGAAGGAAGGCGAUUCGGCGGACAAGAGGGAAUUGGUGCGUCGCAGGGCGGAGUGGGCUUGUUCUGUGCACGAGCCGAGGGCAGCGGCGGAGCUUCUCUUGGCCGCCGGUGAGUCUGAGAGAGCCAUAGAGAUCGUGGCUGAGCAGGGAUGGUCAGAUGUGCUGCUGGACAUUGGACGCAGGCUGAACUCCUCGGAAAGCAAGAGCCUGAGUCUCGUGGCCAGUCACUUGAGGCGUCUGAAGGCUCUGCCGCUGGCUGCUGAGAUCUACCGGAAGCUGGGCGAGGAGGCUCAAGUGGUGCAGCUUCAUGUGGAGGCGCGGGAUUGGCCAGAGGCGUUCAGAUUGGCUGAACAUCUGCCACAAGUUCUGCCCUCUGUUCAUCUGCAGCACGCUCAGUGGCUGGCGGAGUCGGAUGAGUUCAUCGCUGCUCACAGGGCUUUUGUGUUGGCCGGGAAGCCCAAGGAAGCCACGAAAUUGCUCAGGGACUUGGCGGAGUGCUCGAUCAGCGAGGAGAGAUUCGCCGAUGCGGGAUACUACAUCUGGCUGAGGGCGAAGCAGACGUUGCAACUGCUGGACGUGGAGACGGACGAUGUCCAGGAGAGUGUGGCUGAGUUCCAAUCCCUCUUGCGCCUCUGCACCGUCUAUUAUGCCUACAGCACGAUCCACAACUACCUCAGAGAGCCCUUCACCAGCAAUCCGCCGCUCACGCUCUUCAACACCAGUCGCUUCGUGGCGAAUCAGAUCGAGAAGAGUCUCCCGCCCAAGGGUGUGAGUCUCUUCGCUGUGCUGUACACGCUGUCGAAGCAGGCCAAAGUCUUGGGGGCGAAGAAGCUGCAUCUGCAGGUGAACAAUCGUCUGCAGACACUCAAGGCGCCGCCUGGAGUGCAAGAGCAAGUGGAUGCGACAUUUCUCUCCAGUCGCGCCGCCUCGGGCUUCAGUGAUCCGGAGGAAUUGCUGCCGAUGUGCUACAAAUGCUCCAACUACAGCUCGCAUCUGCAGGGAAAUGUCUGUCCCAGUUGUCAGCAGUCGUACGUCUUUUCCUUUGUGUCCUUUGAGAUUCUGCCCUUGGUGGAGUUCCACCUGGAGUCGGACAUCACGGAUGCGGAGGCUGAAAGACUGCUCUUGGCGCCGCCGAGGCUCAAUGAGCACCAUCCUGAUCCCUUCACAGACACCAUGAUUCACGAAGAUCUCAGCGAGGCCUUCCCGGUGGCGCUGGACAGAGAGUCUCUGAGAGCCAUGGAUGCGCGCUCUGUGCUGAUCGCCAAGUGGCCAACGCCGCUCAGGACGCGCUUCUAUCGGAACUUGCUGCCUGAGCUCCAGAUCACCAUCUGUCCGGAGUGUUUUCAGGCCUUCCACACGGAGGACUUCGAGCUGCAGGUGCUCCAGAAGGGCCACUGCCCCUUCUGUCGCACCUCCGCCGACACUCUGCUCAACAGCUAAUCAGGCCGUUUGGUCUCCUGCUGCUUUUCUCUUCAGCGGCGCAUUUCUGAGAGCACAUGAAAUUGUGAUUUGGUCCGUCCGCAAUUACAGAUGUUGAAAAAUGA